ACAUGUCCAAAAUCUUAUAUCUGCAUGAAAUACGGAGAAAAUCCUGACUAUGGGUACACCAGUUUUGAUAAUUUUGGAUGGGCUUUUCUGUCUUUGUUCCGACUGAUGACACAAGAUAACUGGGAAGUUCUAUAUCGGCAGGUUAUCAGAUCAUCAGGGAAAACCUUCAGCUUCUUUUUUGUAGUAGUCAUCUUUAUGUGCUCCUUUUAUCUCUUCAAUUUAAUCUUGGCUGUUGUGAUAAUGGCAUAUGAAGAGCAGCACAAAGCGACACUUGCGUACACAAAGGCAAGGGAACUGUUACUUCAGGAAGCGAAAGAAAUACUAAAGAAAGAACAGGUAUUAGCUGCCCAAAGGCAUGAGUUAUCCACUGGUGAAAACACAGAAAUGCCAUGUGCAGAAUCCAAUAAAAAAGAAAGAAAAAGCAAGAGGAAGAGGAAAUUCAAAAAGAAGAAGCCCAGAAUUUACGGGGAAGAUGAAACUAUGUUUUAUUCAACACCUGAUAAAACUCAAAAGGAGUUGAAAGAAAUAUUAAUGUCUUAUCAGCUGCCAGUCAACAUAGCUGAUGAUCCAUUUCAAAGACAAAAGUUAACAAGUGCAGCAAAUGUCCUCAGCAAAAGUAUGGAAUGGGAAGAGUCAAAGCUUGAGUUUCCUCCAAGACUGAAACGUGCGGUCCAAAAGUACCUCAUUUGGCAAUGUUGCCCAUUCUGGUUGCGAAUAAAGAAAAUGGUGAAGAAACUAACAACGAAUCCAUUAACUGAAAUCUUUAUCACAUUGUGUAUUAUAGUCAAUACCCUAAUCAUGGCAUUAGAGCGCAUAGUCCUCUGUGAAGAAGAAGUUAGCAGGGCAAACUGUGUUUUCACUGGCAUUUUUGCAAUAGAAAUGAUCCUCAAAAUCAUUGCCCUUGAUCCAUAUUACUAUUUUAAAAGAGCUUGGAAUAUUUUUGACUUCUUAAUCGUCAUUAUAGGCAUAAUAAGCUUAGCAACUGGAAUACGCCUAUCUUUUUUCAGACUGCUGAGAAUCUUCAAAUUAUCCAAAUUUUGGCCAGCGUUGAAUAAACUCAUGAAAAUCAUGCUGAAAUCAGUGGGCCCACUGGGCAACCUCACGCUUGUUCUGAUUUUCACUGUAUUUAUUUUUGCUUUGGUUGGCAUGCAGGGGUUUGGGGGCUAUUACAACGUAAGCGGGUGUAACAAGUGUAAAAUUGUACCAGUUCCUUUCUGUCAAAAUGAGACAGAAACAGGUGCAUUACGUUGGCAUAUGAAGGAUUUCUUUCAUUCAUUUCUUAUUGUAUUCCGAAUUUUAUGUGGAGAAUGGAUUAAUACCAUGUGGGACUGUAUGCAAAUAACUAAGAAAGAUGGAUGGUGUAUCGUUCUAUUCAUGACAGUCUUGGUGGUAGGAAAUCUAGUGGUCCUCAACCUCUUUAUUGCUUUGCUGCUGAGUUCCUUCAGUAGCAGUGCUGUGGAAACUGAGCCAAACAAUCCUAGCCUUCAGUUGGCUUUUGCGCACAUUCGUAGUGGGUUCCAAUACGUCAAACACUGGCUGUGGGAUUUGUGUUGCAGUGGACUCAUGCAAAAGCUGAAGAGAGCAAGGAAACAGGAUAAGAAAGUGGCUAUUACUAUCCAUAAUGCAAACCAGAAAAAGUGUGCGACUGACUUGAAGGAGAUGCAAGAGAGCUGUGUCAACAACGAAAUCUUCAAAUGCUUGGAUCAGCUAACAACAGAUGGGAAACAAGAGGAUUUUAUGCCAAAUAAUAAUACAUGUGUCUGUAUCCCCAUUGCUGAAGAAGAGUUUUUAAGUGAUGAGGAAGACUUUACAGUCACAAAAAUGGAUUUCAGGAACCAGCUACGAGACAGGAGAGAGCAAUACAGGAAGUCAAGAAAACAGUCUUCUCAGUUUUCUGAAACUGCCAGUACUUUGUCUUUGGACAUCCCCAAGAGGUCUGAUCUCGACACCAGCGGUUCUGAACCCAGCACAGUAGAUCAAACCCCUAUCCCCUGCCUUUUAUCUCAAAGCCGGAAAGAGCCUGAAGACUGCUUUCCAAAAGGUUGCGUCAAGAUCUUCCCAUGUUGUGUAGUAAACUCAGAUACAUUUCUAGGUAGUGCUUGGUGGAGGUUUAGGAAAACCUGCUUCAAAAUUAUAAAACACAGCUGGUUUGAAUAUUUUAUCAUAUUCAUGAUAUUACUGAGCAGCUGUGCUCUGACUUUUGAAGACAUUCACGUCAAGGAACGAACAGUCAUAAAAAACAUACUGGACUAUGCAGAUAAGCUUUUUUUCUUUGUCUUCUUCCUGGAGAUGCUUCUGAAAUGGGUGGCCUAUGGUUUCAAGAAGUACUUCACUGAUGCCUGGUGUUGGCUUGAUUUUUUCAUUGUAUGUACUUCAUUGGCCUCCCUGAUGGCUCAAGCUAAAUCAGCUGAGAAUCAUCAGUGUGACAACAGGAGCUCCAUAAAAUCUCUGAGAACUCUGAGAGCCCUGAGACCACUGCGAGCAUUAUCCAGAUUUAAAGGGAUUAAGGUUGUGGUGAAUGCCCUCAUUGGUGCCAUCCCUUCCAUUGGGAAUGUACUGCUUGUCUGCAUUGUUCUCUGGCUCCCAUUUAACAUCCUAGGAGUCAACUUAUUUGGAGGGAAAUCUGUGCAUGACGAAGCUGGUCCAGUCUGCAAAAGAACUAAAAGCUACACAGUGGUCAAUAGCACUGUCAACUUUAAUAAUGUUGGAAAUGGAUAUCUAGCUCUCCUCCAGGUGGCAACAUUUAAAGGUUGGACAGACAUUAUGUAUGGUGUCGUAGAUGCAUCUCAGGUAAGCCAUUAAAUUAUUGAAGGUGAAAAAUGCUUUGAAAAAAAUAAGUAUGCAUACCUCUAUUUUGUGGCCUUUAUCAUAUUUGGAUCUUUCUUCAUGCUGAAUCUCUUCAUUGGAGUUGUUAUCGACAAUUUUAACCAACAAAGAAAAAAGAUAAGUGGAGAACUCAUUUUUUUGUCAGAGGAUCAGAAGAAAUAUUAUAAUGCCCUGAAAAAACUUGGUAACAAGAAACUACAAAAGUCUGUUCCACGACCACACAACAAGUACCAAGGAUUUCUUUUUGACUUCAUAAGCAAGAAAGCAUUUGAUAUGUUCAUUUUAAGCCUCAUUAUGUUAAAUGUGGUGGUUAUGGCAGUGGAAAAUGAAGACCAAGGAGAGGAAACGAAGGAGCUUCUUUCAAAAUUAAAUAUAGUCUUUGUUGCCUUCUUUACUGGAGAGUGUAUAAUGAAAGUAGUUGCUUUGCGGCAUUACUACUUCAGAGAUGGCUGGAACAUAUUUGAUUUUGUCGUCGUGAUUCUUUCAAUAACUAGUUUGGCAGCCUCAUCACUGGCAAAACUAUUCCCUCCUACUCUCCUGAGAGUCAUUCGGGUGGUCCGGAUCAGCAGGCUGCUGAGACUUGUGAAAAGGGCCAGAGGACUCCAAACCUUACUUUUUGCGUUACUGAUGUCCCUUCCUGCUCUUGCCAACAUCGGGCUCCUCCUUUUCCUAGUCAUGUUUAUUUAUGCUAUUUUUGGCAUGACUAACUUUGCCUGUGCACCUUGGAAAAAUGGGAUUGAUGACACUUUCAACUUCCAGACUUUUGGUAACAGCAUGCUUUGCCUCUUCCAAAUAACCACGUCCGCCGGCUGGGACAGCCUUCUUGGUCCAAUGAUUGAGAGCAAUAACACCGCUUGCGCUCCCAAUUUAAAUCUCUCACAGCUGAAUGGCCCCUGUGUAAACUCAGCUGUGGCAACGGCUUAUUUUAUAAGCUACAUCAUUAUAUCAUUCCUCAUCGUAGUCAACAUGUACGUCGCUGUCAUCAUAGAGAAUUUUAACGUGGCCACUGAAGAAAGCACAGAGCCUCUGAACGAUUAUGAUUUUGAAGUUUUUUAUGAGACUUGGGCAAAAUUUGAUCCUCAAGCAAGUCAAUUCAUUACGUACUCGGCCCUUUCAGAUUUCGCCGAUUCUCUGGAAGAACCUCUACGCAUCCCCAAACCCAACAAAGAGCAGCUGUUCAAUAUGGACCUUCCUAUGGUGAACGGAAAUAAAAUCCACUGCUUGGACGUUUUGCUUGCUUUUACCAAAAGGGUAUUGGGGCAGGCUGGAGAGAUGGACCCUCUGGAAUCCCAGAUAGAGUCAAAGUACAUGAAAGUUAAUCCACAGAAGAUCUGCUACGAACCCAUCAUAACAACUCCUAAGCGGAAGGAGGAGGAAUGCGCCAUCAUUAUCCAGAGGGCUUUCCGGGCCCAACAGCUGUUGAGUGCGCUACAGAAAGCCAGGGAUGAGUCUUCUGUGGGUAUCCCAUUGGCAGACUUUAUCGAGGAGGAAGAUGCCUGUGUGUUGAGGCUGAAUGCAAGUGAAGGCAGUCUGUUGGAUAAAUGCCAGAGCCCAUCUUCUAUAUCUAUUCCUCCAUCUUACAGUAUUGCCACAGGCACUGUUGAUGGCCUUCCUCCAGUGAAGAGCACAGACAGCAGUGAUGACGACAAGUGAUUCACAGAUCACUGUCUCUUUUGACACCACAUAAUUUUCCAGGGAAUGUAAUAAUGUGACAACACUUCUGUCAUUUAAACACCUUUAUUAAAUUGCUUACCUACACAGCUUUUCCACUGACAUUUCCUCUGAAAACUCAUCGACAGGAGUGCAAAUUGCAACCAGUGGGUCAC